AUGGCAGAAUCUUACCUCGUCGAAUAUAGUGGCAACCUCGCUACCGUGACUCUUGACAACCAAGAGAAACUCAAUGCCCUCAGCCAGGAUGACUACUACAAACUAGCCUCCACACUGAGAGAAAUUGCCCAGCAUGACGAAGUCCUGGUCACGCUGUUAAUCGGCAAAGGUCGCUUUUUCUCCGCUGGCGCAGAUAUUACCCGACCACCACCCGACCUUGGUAAAAUCGAACCCCGCCAGUACUGGCUCCGAGCCCUUGUGCCCAACAAUAUCGACCUAGCCGAUGCCUUCUACACCCAUCCCAAGAUCCUAGUGACCGCGUUCAAUGGUCCCGUGCUGGGCCUCUCCGCGGCAGUCAUUGCGCAUUCGGAUUUUAUCUUCGCAACGCCUAAGGCAUACCUCCUUACCCCGUUUUCUCUUGCCUUUGUGCGCCGUCUUGGUGUUAGCAAGGCUAAGGAGGCGUUGCUGUCGAGCCGGAGGAUUCCGACUGAGGAGCUACAGCAAGUUGGAUUCGUGAACCAGGUGUUAGAUGCUGGUGGAGACGAAGAGAAAUUUAGGGAGAUGGUGUUGAGUGAGAUUCGAAGUCGGUUUGGAGAUCAUUUGGUGGGUUCUAGUGUUUUGGAGAUUAAGAGGUUGCUUCGUGAGCCUGGGGAUCGGGAAUUUAGUGUUCAGGCUGUGCAAGAGGUUUUUGCUGGGUUGCGCAAGUUUGUGGAUGGUGUUCCUCAGGCGGAGUUUAAGAAGAUUGCUACUGGGCAGAAGAGACAUAAGCUUUAG